AUGAAUAUGUUAGAUGAUGAUGAUGACCAAAGCUUUCACGCUACGCGUGACGGCUACUCCCAUUUGAGCGAUGUCGAAUGGGAUGCGGUUGAACGAAUGGGUUCGACCAUGGGCAUCCAUGCUGUUAGCGUCAUGCUAGAGGCUCUCAAUAGAGAUGCCCAACAUGCUACUGUCGCCAAGUUCAUUCAAAAUGAACUUGACGCUGAACGCGAGAAAGUAGCCUUGCUUCACCAACAAGGUUCUCAACAAGCAGAGUUGUUGAGAGAACAGGGUGCUCAACAGUUUGAACUGUUGAGACAGCAGCAGGCUGAUGCUGACGACGCCGUAAGGGCGCGUCGCAUCGACGACGGGGAUAUGCAAGCUGCAAUUGCCCAAUCAAAUCUGGCAGGACGUGCCAAGACUUGGGCUUUGGGGCUCAAGUCGCACGACCCACAUGCGUUUGGGUCGUUAGAAAGUCUUCAAGUCGCGGCUCAGACAAGCGUUUGA